CAGACGGCGCACACAGGUCAGUUGGAGAGCAGGAAGCCUCGCAGCGGGACAGGAACAUUCAGCUCAUAUCUGACCAGAUCAAGCUCCAGUCCGGCUGCAGUGAGUUCGGUGACUGGAUGGAAAGGCAGCUGUUACAGCGGGCCAAGGAGGCCUUCGUCAGUGGCAGGGCUCGACCUCUAGAGUUCAGACUCCAGCAGCUUCACGCCCUGCAGAGGAUGAUCAUGGAGAAGGAGACUGAGAUUUCCACUGCUCUCAAACAAGACAUCAACAGGAGCCAGUAUGACACGCCUCUCCUGGAGCUGAUCGGUAUUGAGAAUGAGAUCAAGCUGGCCAUAGAGAAGCUUGCACAGUGGGCUGCUCCUCGUCCUGUAGAGAAGAACCUCUUUACUAUAUCGGAUGAGGUCUACAUUCAGCCAGAGCCUCUAGGGGUGGUUCUCAUCAUUGGGGCCUGGAACUACCCCUGGGCUCUAACUCUGAUUCCGCUGGUUGGAGCCAUCGCAGCGGGCAACGCAGCUGUGGUGAAACCGUCCGAGUUGAGCGAGUGCUCGUCCCUCCUGCUGCAUACACUGCUGCCUCGCUAUCUGGACAAGGAUCUGUACCCAGUAGUGACAGGUGGUGUGUCAGAGACCCAGCAGCUGCUGAGGCUCAGGUUUGAUCACAUAUUCUACACGGGUGGCAGUACAGCAGGCAAACUAGUGAUGGAGGCUGCAGCGCGUCACCUCACCCCUGUGACCCUGGAGCUGGGCGGGAAGAGCCCCUGCUACAUCGACAAGGACUGCGAUGUCAGGACGGCCUGCCGGCGCGUCACUUGGGGAAAGUUUGUGAACUGUGGCCAGACUUGCAUCGCUCCAGACUAUAUUCUGUGUGAGCCCUGCAUCCAGGGCCAGGUGGUUGAAUUCAUCCGACAGACUCUACUGGAAUUCUAUGGUGCUGAUCCGAAAUGCUCGCCUGAUUACGGCCGAAUCAUCAACCAGCAGCACUUCAGCAGAAUCAUGAGUCUGAUGGAGGGAUACACUCCUGUUGUUGGGGGGCAGAGUGAUUCCUCACAGUGCUACAUUGCCCCAACGGUGCUGAAGGAUGUACCCCCCCACUCCAGGCUGAUGCAGGAGGAGAUCUUCGGCCCUGUCCUGCCAAUAGUCACAGUGAGCGACAUGGAGGAUGCCAUUAACUUUAUCAAUGAGAGGGAGAAACCCUUGGCUCUCUAUAUCUUCUGUUCUGACCAGAAGGUGGGGCUCACUAAACAGAAAACAACUUUUAGACUUUUGGACCUUUCUCUUUGUGACUCUUGUGCUUCCUUCUAUCUGACCAAGGCAAUAAAACGGAUGAUUGAGGAAACCACCAGUGGAGGAGUGACAGUUAAUGAUGUCAUGAUGCACUACACAAUCAGCUCACUCCCAUUUGGAGGCGUUGGCCAGAGUGGCAUGGGUCGUUACCAUGGCAAACACACCUUCGACCAACUGAGUCACCAGAAAGCGUGUCUGAUUCGCUCGCUGAAGAUGGAGAGGGUAAAUCUGGCACGCUAUCCUCCCCAGGACCGCCGGCGAGCGCGGAGGGUCCGCAUGGCCCUCAGGUCUCCUCUGAUCGACACGUCGAAGAGGACGCUCAUCUGGGCCGUUGUGGCCACCAUCCUGGGCAUCGGCCUGUUCAUCACUCUGUUGGUCAUCCUGCUCAUAGCCGCUGGCCUUAACUGCACCUGCUGGUAUUGGAGAGGCUUCUAUAACUAGCAGAGCUACAGAACCACUUCCCUUCACAAACUCUUUCCAAAGAUUUAAGAAAUGCUGCAGUGAUUUUACACUGAGAUCAGUUUGGAGUAGAGAUGUUUUAGAGAUUAAUGUACAUAAUUGUUUAAUCUAACUUUGUUUCCCCCUGUUUCUUAAUUUUGUGUUGGAGGUUUUGGCUCAGCAACUAAAUAACAUUAGCUCAGUCAUUACUGUUGUAAAUGGUUCUUUUCUUAAGGAAAUAAAUUCUAAACAAACAAAUCAUACACUGUGAUUUAUGUAUGUGUUUUUGUUUUCAAAUAAAAGAUUUGAUACAUUA